AUGACGGUGGUGACAACAACUCCGAAGGUCCUCCUCUUCGGGGGCUACACGGAGCCAUGGCUCGAAUCGAUAGACCACAUCCACGAGCAGGCCGGCUCAUGUGCCUGGCUGCGACUCUUCCUGGAUGAUGUCGCGUCGGUCGUACGGGAGGAGACGCGAUGUAUGCACCCCAAGAUCCGGAAUAGCCUGGGCCCAAGUGGCAUCUUCUCAAGUGUUCAAGAGGUUGCCGACCUGUACCGGGACCACGACGAUGAUGUCGGGUUCGUGCAAUUUGCUAAUCUGGAAGUUAGAUGGGUUCACGACUCGCCAGACGUCUUAAAAACCAGUCCCAGGCCCGAAGGACUAGGCAUCUCGGGAGGACUCAUCAACGCCGCCGUCUUGGCAAUUUCCAACGAUUUUGAGUCGCUCCGCCAGGCCAGCGUCGUAACCGCCGGGUUUGUAUGCCGGUUGUGCGAAGUUGCCGGGCAAGUCUCGCGGGCUGUGGAAGAUGGUGGCAGCAGUAGCAACAUCAACUCUUCAUGGGGGUGCGCCGUCGUGGGCGUCACCCCUGAGAAGCUGGAUGGCAUCUUGAACCAGAUCCAGGAGAGCAUGAAAGUUCCCAGCCUGAAGAGGGCGCGGGUGGGCAUCAGAGGUGAUCACUGGGGCACCGUCGUUGGGCCUCCCUCGGUGCUCGAUGCGUGCUUAGAACAUGCUGCCAUGGACGAGCUCUCUAAACAAAGACUUCCCAUUUACUCAAUGCAGCACAACUAUGAGCUUUCAAAGUCGCAUCGCGAGUACAUUGCCGGAUGUUCUGCCCUCCACUCAAGGUCUGUCUUCCCGGGAUUCCGACUCUGGGGGUUGCAGACCUAUCAAGACGAUGAUGCUCUUCCGAGCUAUGCCGACUGGGCCCAAUUGCUCUUGAGCGUGGUAGACUAUGCUUUCUCGAGACCGGUGGAUCUGGUUGACAUGAUUAAGAGGCUCAACACCCGCCUCGGCGCAGAUUCUUCUCAAGUUGUCGAACUCUCAGUCAUGGGUCCAACUUGGUUCGUUGGCUCGCUCACCAGCAAGCUCAAAGCUACAGGGAGAAGGGUUUCAGUCGUCCAACACACCGUACUUGGGAACGAUACCCAUAAGCCUCAAACAGCCGAAGCUGUAGACAACUACGAGGGGCGUAUCGCCGUGGUGGGCAUGGCUGGACGGGCCCCCGAAUGCGAUGACCUGGAGCAAUACUGGAACAUCAUAGAAACAGGCCGCGAUGUUGCUCGUGAAAUCCCUCCGGGUCGAUUUGACGCCGACGACCUGUUCCAAUCCAAGCAGAGUUCCGAAUGCGUAUCUACAUGCAAGCUCGGCUGCUUCCUCGAGAACCCGGGCCACUACGACGCGCGCUUCUUCCGCGUCUCGCCGCGCGAAGCCCUAAUCAUGGACCCAGGCAGCCGGCUGUUUCAGAUGGCGUGCCAUGAGGCGCUUGAAUCGGCUGGCUACUCAUGUGGCAUGACCCGCGCCGUAGAUCCAGCCCGCAUCGCCGUCCUCUUCGGUCAGAGCAAUGUGGACGGAUAUGAGACGGCUCACCAUGAGAAAGGCUGCGAUGCCUACACACUGCAGGCCCUCGCGCGACCCUUUGCUGGCGGCCGCGUGGCCUUCCACUACGGCUGGGAGGGGGCAACCUACUCCGUCGACCAAGCCUGCUCGACCUCGCUGUCGCUCAUCCAUCUGGCAUGCAGGGGCCUGUUGACGGGCGACCAUGACAUGGUGGUCGCCGGUGCUGCCAACGUACUGGCUUCACCACAUGGUUGGUGCCUCUUGAGCAAGGCUGGCGUGUUGUCAGACACAGGCAAUUGUCGAACCUUUCGUGAUGACGCAGAAGGGUACUGCCGCGGCGAGUUCGUCGGCGUAGUUGUGCUGAAGCGCCUCGCCGAUGCCGUCGCCCACAACGACCGCAUCUUGGCCGUCAUCCCCGGGUCGGCGCGCAACCAAGCCGGCAACUCAAAUUUCCUCACCCAAUCUGAUUCCGGUGCUGAGGAGCGCGUACUCCGCCAGGCGCUACGGCAGUCCCGACUUGGCCCGCGGGACAUUGCGUACGCCGAGAUGCACGGCACCGCGACGCCCAUAGGCGACCCCUGCGAGAUGACGGCCGUCGCCAACGUGCUAGGCCGCAGGUCACAGGCCGGUGGCAAGGGCGGAGACGAUGAGCCCUUGACAGUUGGGUCUGUAAAGGCAAACAUUGGACACAGUGGAGCAUCGUCUGGUGUAGCGUCCGUCAUCAAGUCCAUCCUCAUGUUCCAGAAACAGAUGCUGCCACCUCAGGUCGGCAUGCCACACGCCCUCAAUAAGCAGUUCCCGCCUCUGGAUGACAAUAAGAUACGGAUCUUGAGCAAGACUGCCCCCUUUAAUUCUGUAAACGGGAAGCCAAGGCGUGUUCUGAUCAACAACUUUGACGCUGCGGGAGGGAACACGGCCUUGGUGAUGGAAGACUUCCAGAUGAAGAACAACAAGUCUGCAGGUCCUGAUGCUGAUCCGCGAGCAGCACACGUUGUCGUGCUAUCAGCCCACACAGCCGCAUCGCAUCAGACAAAUAAGUCCAGGCUGGCCAAAUGGCUCGCCGCGAACCCUGACACUCGUCUUGAGGAUGUCGCAUAUACAACCACGGCACGCAGGGUACAUCAGUCCUCGUUCCGGUUCGCCUGCGCCGCCUCCUCGACCAACGAACUCAUUCGGGCGCUCGAGUCCGAUUCAAAGCCCACGACAACCAAGAAAUCUCCCAUCAUAUUCGUCUUCACCGGCCAGGGCUCGCACUACGCCGGCAUGGGCGCCGAGCUGUACCGCACCAACCCCGUCUUCCGGGACGCUGUGGACUUGUGCCAGCAGAUCUGCCACGGGUUCGGGUUCCCCCCAUUUUUGGACAUCAUCAACGGGUCCGGGGCCGGAAGUGGGCCAUGGAACACGGCGCAGACGCAACUCGCCGUGCUGGCGCUGGAGAUCGGCCUCGCCACAUUCUGGCAGCGGCUGGGCGUAAAGCCGGAUCUCGUGAUGGGUCACUCACUAGGUGAAUACGCGGCCUUGCAUGUAGCCGGCGUGCUUUCUCUGGCCGACGCCCUCUAUCUUGUCGGCUCACGCGCCGCGCUGGCUAUGCAAAAGUGUAACAAGGCCCCCGGAGGCCCUUGCGCCAUGCUCGCCGUAGCGGCGCCCGUGGCCGCUGUCCGCGAUCUGUUGAGCAAGCUGGGCCUGGAUGGCGGAAAGUGUUCGGUAGCGUGUAUAAACAGCCCCGGAGCAUCGGUCGUGAGCGGGACUGUCACCGCCGUGGCCCGGCUGCAGACGGAGCUUAUCAAACAGAAGACGCGCUCCAAGAUCCUCCCUCUGCCUUUUGGCUUCCAUUCUUUCCAGGUCGACACCAUCUUGGACGACUUUGUGGCUCUCGCGUCCGGCCCAGGCAUCACUUACUCCUGGCCGCCUAGAGUUCCCGUAGCCUCGACACUGCUGGCCUCCAUUGUCGAUGCCAAUACGGUUCCGGAAGUGGGCUUCAUGUUUGGUGCAGAGUAUCUUGCCAAGCAGGCUCGAAACCCCGUCGACUUUGUCGGCGCGCUUCAUGCCGUUCGAGCCAAGUUCAAGGAUAACAACCCAGUCUGGCUCGAGAUCGGCCCGAGCCAGGUAUGCGGUGCUUUUGUGCAGGAGACGCUCUCACCACCGGCCGGCCACGUUGUGUCAACGCUGGCGGGUGCCAACACGAAUUCGUGGGUGGGCAUCUCAGAGUGUCUGGCCAGCCUGUACGUCCACGGCUGCGACCCGGACUGGAUGCUUCUACACGCACCAUUUGAAAAGAAUCUACAGCUUCUCACGUUGCCCUCGUAUGCAUGGGAUACGAAAGACUUCUGGAUUGCCUAUCGUGAGAGAAAGCUACCAGCCAGCGACAAUGUUGUUGGUAAGAGCACUCAGGGGCAGCAACCCAUCAUAUCCACGUGCGCGCAGUACAUCGUAGAUAAGACCAGGGAAAAAGACGGUAAGACCCGUGUCACUGUCGGCGCUUCCAUCGCAUUGCCGGGACUCCUUGCCAUGAUCGAAGGUCACCGGAUGCAGGGUGUCGGUCUCUGCCCCGGUUCGGUCUUUUGCGAGGCCGCACUCGUUGCAGCCAAGUGCGCACUUGAGCACAGCGGUCGGAAGAUGGAUGACCACUUCAAGAUAACGGAACACUUCAGUCUUCAGAAGGCUCAGUUGCGACGUCCGCUCACGGCCAAUCUCGCCGGUCCGGAGGGCGAGCUUCACACCACUGCCGUCGUCGAGUCGGAAGGUGUCAUUCAAGUCUCGUUCAAGGCACUGUCUCGAUCGUCGUCUGCGGCAGCCCGCUCAUUGGACCUGGGCCGCUGUGCCAUCGUGGCCCAUAAUACUACAGACUCGGACUCUGAGUCGUUCUACAUCAAGGCGAGGAUGCUCGAGGUGCGGCGAUCCUGCAGUAGUAGACUACCGGCGAGCAUCUUCUACGCCUUGUUCUCGCGCGCGGUCCAGUACACGUCCGACAACUACCGGUGCAUCCGCGAGGUGUUUAUCUCGGACGACUUUGCCGAGGCGGUCGCCGAGGUGGUGCCGGUCCGCGACCCCGCCGAUGUACGGUCCGUAGCGGGCUCCCCUUAUUGUGGUGAGGCAUUGGCGCAUCUCGCUGGCUUCCUGGUCAAUUGCCAUCCAAGCCGUUUCUCGUCCGAAUCCGCGCCGGCGAGCACGAGCUACAUCAUGGACAGCCUGGAGAAGCUCGAGCAGAUGGCAGACAUUGAGCCGGGGCGAUCGUACUUUACGUACGCGCGCGUUGCUGAGAGGAAGGUCGACUCUGCAGUCUGUGAGGUUGUCGUCUUUGACGAUGCCAACAGGCUGGUCAUGCGGACCUGGCAGAUGAGGUUCCAUGAGGUGCCGAAUGCCGUUCUGCAGAACUUACUUCCUGGAGGUGACAGACAGGAGUCAGUGAGCAGUGGAGGCAACUUGAAGGUGCAGUCUCCUAUGGCAGAGGUCUCGAACAUGACGGUGCUUUUGACGAACAAAGAGGCGAGAGCCAAACAGUCCCCAGUGUCACUAGAAGAAAAGCACGACCUCGAGGAUGAUGGCCACCAACAGCCCCCUAGCCAGGCCAAGCCCGGUUUGCUUCCGGUCAUCCUCGAGUGCAUUGCCGAAGAGACAGGCUUGGACACGACAGAGCUGACGGACGAUGCCGCGCUGGCGGACCUGGGGGUUGACUCCAUCAUGGCUGUGGAGAUUUGUACUCGCGUCAAGGACAAAUCCGGGUAUCCUCUGUCUCCAUUGUUCAUGGUAGAGUAUCCAACCAUAGGUGACCUUGUCCGCUCUUUUGGUGCACCCCAGCAAGACAAAAAGAAACUGGAAGAAGAGCAAGUUCAGGAGCAAGCUGAAUGUCACAAGCAAGAGAAAGAACACGAGCAAGAGCAACAGCAGGAAAACACGACAUCCACGUCCUCUGUUGAACCUGGAAGCACACCACUGGCCGAGCUAACGCCAGACUCGUCUUCGUCAUCGUCAGUAGCCGAUGACACGGCCCCCAGCAAUGAACCUCCUCCAAAAGCCCGAAUCACGCUCCUCCAAGGCCGUCCAAAGGCCGGCAAGGGGCGCUUGUACAUGGUCUGCGAUGGCUGUGGUACAAUAUCCACCUAUAUUCACCUCCUCCGGCGCCAAUUCCCUCUGCCCGUUUACGGAAUCGAAUCUCCCUUCCUACACUGCCCAUCUCGGCUGACGACGCAGGUCGGCAUUCCCGGCGUGGCCAAGAUCAUGGUGGAGGCUCUCGUAGAGGCCCAGCCCAACGCCGGCCUGUCCGAGGCCGACGAGGACUCCAUCGUCAUCAGCGGCUACUCCGGCGGCGCUCUGUUCUGCUAUGAAAUGUGCCGCCAGCUGUGCGCUCAAGGACGGCGCGUGGCCGGCCUCGUCGUGUUAGACAUGCGCUCUCCUCUCCCUCUGCCAGCAUCAGCAACAGCAGCAUCGUCGGAGGAGGAAACUUGGCCCAUCUUCCUCACCACCUCGGAAGACCACGUGUUCGGCAAGAAUCAAGAAUCCAACACGAUGAAGCAUCUACGCAUCAUGUUCAAGUGCGUCAUCGACUACCACCCGCCGCGCCUGACGGAGGCCGGCCCCGCUCUCCGCAUUCCCACUGCUGUCGUCUGGUGCUCCCGGGGAAUGGUGGGCCGGCUGCGGCAGCGACGGCCCGAUCUCGUCGCCAAGCUUGUUGAGAUGGGAUACCCUGCCGAGCCGUACCCUGGUUACAUGGAGAAUCCCAAACUGGGCGCCAUGGCCUGGAGCCUGCCCGACAAAAAGACAGAAACGGACCUGGGCCCCGGCGGCUGGGAGAAGUAUGCGGGUGCUGGAGAAGCUAACGAGGCGGGCAAGAAUCUAGUGUGCUUGGCUGUCGAUGCAGAUCACCAUGACGCUCUCAAACCCGGGGUGGCAUCUCGUCUUGCAGAGUGUCUUGACCAGGGUGUGAAGUUUGUGCUUGGAAAGAAGAGUUCUUGA